AUGUGUGCAUCAAAAGAAAAUCAGAUCCUCCUUGAGAAGCACAGAUUGCCCAAGGGCAAGGAGCAAUUCGAUGGCAUCCUUGACGAGUUGGCAGCAGCUGCCCAAGCCGAGGAUGAGGCCAAAGAGGAUCAGGAGGAACCCGAAGAAGACGGUUGGACCUGGCUGAAGGAGACAUUUGGCUGGGUUCUGGUUGCAGAUGUGUUCAUCCUCAUCGCGCUGUCCUUCUGGCUGAUCCUCGGGCAGGCCCUCAAGUGGCUCUUCAACUACGACCCUCUCAUAGCCACCUUCCUGAUGUACUGGGACCCCUACAUCCAGAGCCUCCUGGGAAUUUUCUUCAGCGCGCGGCUGUUUGCCAGCAUCUUCUCCUGGCUCGCGUCAGGCGUGAAGUCACAAUGA